UCUUUGAACUAUCAGUGUCUGGAAUCAGUUUGUCGGUUAGAAGUAUACACCAUUACCACUGCUGGGUCACUGUCAUUUCCGUGCUGUCAUCGCAGCCUGCUACCCACUCACUUACACCGACUCCACCCCCCUGUUCCCAGAAGACAGCACAUCCCGGACCGAUACCUUCACAGUGCGCCUCUGUCAACUUUACAUGUUCUCUUUCCUAUUUUUGCUGAGCGUAGACGUGAUAUCACCUGGAUUUGCCUUUCUCACAGAGUAGCAUCAUUCCAGGAUUUUUGUAUUAAUGUACGUCUGCCCCUAAAAGGGACCGGGGACUGACCGUUUUCCAGAGGGAAUACAUACUCAGACGCUCGAGGACAUCAUGCCUUCUACACGGGAGCUCUACGCCUGUUUGACAUUCACCGCCAUGAUGGUGGUAUACCACUGUAAAGCAGAUCCCCCUCCUCCACCAGAAAACCUGACAUUUAAAUGGCUGGACCCAUUUUUCGUCUCCGUGUCCUGGCUGGAUCCCAGAGGCCUGAAGAACGGCGAGUUCAAAUACAAAUUCUGCCGGAAAGGGGAUGAAAUUGGUACUAAGUGCAGAAUCGACAGAAAUUUCACAGAUAGAUGUUUCACAGAACACUCAGAUUCUGAUAAUUGUACCUUCGAAGUUUGGACUGUUGGCAGUGGAUCCUGUGACAGUAAAAAUGAGAGCGAAAGAAGGGAGAUUAAAAUACAAAAGAUCAGAGCUAAAUUAGAGGAGAAGAAAUGCAUCGUCUACCCAGAUGGAAUGAACUGCUCCUGGAACUCCCCAAGAAAGCAGCGUUUUAACUUCUCCUAUGGGACUUGUGAACAUUCCAAGACUGUCCCUUUAAAACCUUUAACAACGUGUGAUCAGCCUUACAGCGGUGCCAAAAGGAGUGGGUGCUAUCUGAAAGAUAACAAAAGAGACUUCAACAUGUGCAUUUAUGUGGAAACUGAAGCUGGGUUGAGCACCUUUAAACCUGAAUUUGUGAUACCUCCACCUGAACUGAGCAUCACAGAAGGACCAGGUGUUCUCCAAUUAGACUUGGAACAUCUAAAGAUCGGAUGGUGCUACUGGAAUUACACAGUGUGCUACACCCGAUGCAAUAAGCCUGAAGUAUGCGAGAGCAUCAUUUCAGAUGGAAAAGCCUUGAACAUUACCUACGAUAAAGACUGCCUUUACCAGUUCCGAUCCAGAGCCGAGCCAACGGAAGCCUGCAAGACAAUAACCAGCAAUUUCAGCAAAGUUGUAGCGUACGGUUCUAAUAAAACUCGUUACGAGCCACUGACGGUGGUGGCCAUCGUCAUCCCCAUCAUCCUGUCCGCCUGCAUCAUUCUGUCCUGCUACUGCUUCAGGAAGCACAGCGCCAUUAUUUGCCCCGUCAUACCAGACCCUUCAGCUAUAUUCAAGGAAAUGAUGAUAAACGGGAACAAAGAGCAUAAGACGUCAGGGAAAUUGUACACACCGGUGCCAGAACCUAUUGAACCCUGCAUAGUUACCCUGGUAGCUGAAAACGGUGACCUCCAGCAAAACUCCUGACGUGAACACGCGCGCUAGAACGCCUGCAGUGAAGCUGGACUUCCACGCUGGGAAAACACAUCAGGAACAUUUACUGAGUCGCUCAAAAAAGUGGCUGAGAUGCCAAUGACCUCUGGUGGUGUCAAGUGUAAGGUUGAGGAGUACGCUGUAUUUCAUCUUCACUGUACAGACCUGUCUGACUGCUCAGGGAAGAAGCCAAAACAAGAUUUUCCGCGACUGUAAUGUAAAGGUAGCGAAGAAGUACACUGCUGAGUCCUUCAUCUUACAGGAUAAGGAAAUGCACUGGCGUUACCUUCAAAAGGAAAAGACAGCAGGCUUUAGAUCCUCUUGUUGAACACUGUGGAGGAAGACAAGAAUAGUACGAGAGGGCCUGUGGAUUUCUGCUGGACUAAUGAAAUGGAUCACGUGAACAUGUCUUGGCACAGGAUGUAUGACACAAAUGCCAGUAUGGGCUAGACAAUGGGAGUGUAUGCAAUAACUGAAGUGAGAAGCAAAUACUUCUGCUGAUCCCUUAUUGUUUCUGAUGACAGUCUCUUGGAACUCUAACCUGUGGUGUUAAGUGUAUAAUCACAGCUUACUUCAAUUUCCGGAAAGAGAACAAUACCAGAGAACUGUGGUUUCAUGUGGGGGAAGAAAAUAACCACUUGGCUCUCAGUCAGUCUGUUGAUUCUCUGUCUGCUUGCUCACAGACUCACCCAAAUCCAAAAUGCCAUCUAACCAUUAGUCACACACUCUACCUUCCUUUCUUAGAAAGCAGAUAUGUGUUCUUUGUAUGUUCUCUUGUCGCUUUGGUACGCUAAGGAACACAAUCUUUUGAGUGAUUGUUUAUUUUCACAGCUUUCAGAGAUAAUAAAGAAAGAGAAUAUAUUG